AUGGUCAGGGAUGAAGAUUUUGGGCAAAAGCUCGUCUACCCGAGCUUCAUCCGGCCGACGCCCUCCUUCAGUGACGAGGCCCAUGUUUUCCUGUUUUUGCUCGAGAAGUUGAACUAUCGACAGGUCAGCCUAAUCCACGUCAAAGGCGAUAGAAACGGAGCGGCAUUCAAGUUGGCCUUCCGGCAGAAGCGGAAAAUUUUUAAAAUACACGUGCAAUCGUACGUGGAGGUCGAACUGAACGAGGAGCUGAACAACACGAUAGCAGAGAAAUUCGAGGAAAUCACGUCGAAUAUUAUAGUGCUGUUCGCAAAGAAAAACGCAGCUGAAACGAUAUUUGCGGCUUGUCCACAGCUAACCUCUGGUGGAAAGUUGUGGCUGAUGAACGAGGAGGCGAUGAAGGCUGCAAAUUCGCCGAUAGGCUUGAUUGGCUCUCGGUUGACCCAGACGCCAAGUGAAGCGCUGCGGGACUCAUUUUCGAUCAUUAAGUCCGGUCUCGAAGCCGUCGGCGAUGGAGUGGCCGGACUACAACCACCAACAACCUGCGAAAAAGACGCAAACGCGAAGGGUGUCGAUCUGUGGUCUACGAUCCAAGCGCCAUUAAUUUAUCGCCAUUUCUGCGCGCCCACCUCCUCCCGCCUCUUUUUCAACGAGGCCUGCGCCCGCGAAGCGAUAAACUACGAUUUGUUGAACAAGAGUCCGGACGGGAUACGGUAUAUCGGGAAUGUGACCGACGACAUCCUAAAACUCGACGAGUGGAAGAUAUUUUGGCCUGGUGCAACGGCCAAGCCACUCGAGAUUACCUUACCUAGGCAUUUACGAGUGGUUACGGUAGACGACCCACCAUUUGUCUACGCGAUUCCGAUUCAAAAUUUGAGCCUUUGCGACGAGUUGGGCGAGCAGGAGAUACGGCUAUCGGAUGAUGGGAGCAUUAGUAUCGCCGGUCCGUGGUAUCCCUGCCCGAAACGAGUUCCAAAUACGCGACGCUCCGAUCCGUUCUGCUGCGCUGGCUAUGCGAUCGAUUUGCUGUCGAAUAUGUCGUUGCCAGAAUCCGGCAGCUGGCUCGACACAUCAUUCUCCUUCUCCCUGCAUCUCAACGAAAGCUACGGUGUCGUGACGGCCCAUCCCCAGGAUGGAAUGCUACUUUCUGGCGCUCUUGGCGAGCUCGUGUUUGAUCUUGCUGAUAUGGCUGUGGGUGGUAUGACGAUCAACCCGGAGCGGGAGCGUUUUAUCGACUUUUCGGAGCCCUGGUUGUACCAUGGAAUUCGAGUCAUGGAGAAAUCGAAUCCUCGAGGCUCCCCGAUGCAAUCAUUUCUCCAGCCUAUGAAGUCUUCCCUCUGGGGAGCUCUUUCCGUAUCUGUGCUUCUGCUUGACGCCGGUGGCCUUGACCCUCAAGAUCCAUUCCUAAAACAAGCCCAAGACGACCGAGUCGAUUUCGGGGAAGCCAUGUGGUUCGUGUGGGGAGUGUUGCUCAAUUCUGGGGUAUCGGAAAAAACACCCCGCUCGUUCUCGGCUCGGGUUCUCGGAAUCGUGUGGUGCGGCUUCUGCAUGAUCAUCGUCGCCUCCUAUACGGCUAAUCUGGCAGCAUUUUUAGUAUUGGACCAGCCGGAGAAGGGGCUGACCGGCAUUGCCGAUCCGAGACUCCGGAACCCCUCUACCAACUUCUCAGCGGCUACCGUGUUGAAUUCAAACGUUUAUCAGUACUUUAAGCGUCACGUCGAGCUGUCGACAAUGUUCCGAAAAAUGGAAGCGCACAACGUGCAUAAACCCGGGGAUGCCAUUAAUGCGCUGUUGAACGGGUCUCUGGAUGCGUUCAUCUGGGACUCGAGUCGACUGGAGUUUGAGGCUUCCAGGAGAUGCUCUUUGAGAACUCGUGGCUCCCUAUUCGGCCGUUCGGCGUAUGGUAUCGGUCUGCAGCGGAACAGCCCCUGGACCCAACAUAUCACCGCCGCUGUGUUACGGAUGACUGAAAGCGGCCAAAUGGAGGCGCUGGACAAGAAGUGGAUUUCCAUACCCUCGCAAUGCGCUGUAGACGCUCACAAGUCACCCGCACGACUUGGCCUAACCAACAUGCGCGACGUGUUCGUGCUGGUUACGGCGGGGGUGGUCGCCGGGUGCUUUUUCAGCGCCAUCGAGGUCAUCUACGGCCGGAAGCGGGCUUUGAAGGGCCGAAGAAACGAGAUUGCGAAGCGCUAUUUCACCAAGUGGCAGAAGCUGACCGACAAUCGAGGCUCGAGGCAAUUUCCGCGGCGCUACCAGCUAAUGCGACCCGUGAUCCGUCGAGGAUUUGCUGGCAAGGAGGCCGUGGGUUUGGACGAAUGCCGCCGUAAGCUGAUCGCUCGCCAGAUGCGGAUCCCGCCCGUCGACGUCCGCCUUGAGGGCGAUUUUGUGCCGUCGUAUCGAUACGGAAGAGUGCCAAUCAUCACGUUUUGCAGUCGAUGCCGGCAACUAAUCGAGACGGAAACCCGGGAAGAAACAGGGAUUUUUGCGGUGUGGCUGUGCAUCGCAUUGGCUUGUCUUCUGCUAUGGCCAUGCGCACCAUUGCCCUGUUUCCUGCCGAUCUGCCAGGAUAUCGCCCACAUCUGCCCUCAUUGUCGGCAUGUUCAGGGGAGAGCAAGGAGGGGCAGGAGGCCCAAAUUUUAUGUA